CGCACGCCCACGUCUCCUCCUCCUUCCUCCCGAAGCGAAUCGAACCAAAGCGUUGCGGCGAGUCGAGCAGAGAAGAGAAAAAUCUGGAGACGAAACCCUAGCUAGCUAGCCCGCUUCCCCGGCGCCGGAGCCGGAGCCGGAGCCAGGCCGGGAUGGGCGCCGAGGAGGACGCUGCCGCCCGCCGCGAGCGCCUCAAGGCCCUUCGCGCCGCCAAGGAGCUCCUCUCCACCCCCGACGCCCCCGCCCCCGCGCCCGACGCGGACCAGCAGAAUGGUGAACAUGGGAUGACAGAAGAACAGGUGGUCCAACCAGAAUUGCCAGGUCCUGUGGAUGCACCCGAGGAUGCUUCCAGGGAGAACGUUAGCCCCACUAAGGAAUCUGAUGAGGUUGAAGACAAUGGGGAGGUACCACUGAAGUUCAGGAACUACCUUCCUCAUGAUGAGCGGCUCCGAGGUGGCAAGGUGGCUCCGCUGUCUCUUCCCAAGUUUGAAGAUCCGAUAGCUGCUGAUGCUGCUGAACCAAAGCAGCUGGAGAACCCCUUUGGGAACAUCGCCCCAAAGAACCCGAACUGGGACCUGAAACGAGAUGUGCAGAAGAGGAUUGACAAGCUGGAGAAGCGCACUCAGAAAGCUCUGGCGGAGAUUGCAUUGGAGCAGCAAAAGGAGAAAGAGGCGCUGGAGGAGGGAGGCGAUGCAGCUCAAGAGUGACGUGGUACUGGUGCUGGUCCAAAUGUUUGUGUAGAACUGAGGAAGCAGCUAUACGAGGUCAAACAGUGAUGUGUUUGUAAUGCACGGUGUGGACUGAAGACUAAUGUAAGGAAAUUGUAGUCGUGUGUUUGUAAUGCACGGUGUGGAUGAUGCUUUUCAGUUCAGUAUCCAGAAUUUUUUAGUUCUACUGAUGGUUAGUGUCUUGGUGAUUACUGAAUUAACUAUGAUUCAUCUCGCGAAUCUGAAGGGUAUAUAUAGCCAUGGAGUUGUCAUGCUUA